GAAAGACAUCAUAAUAAUAAAAAAAAUAAAAAAAAAAAAUUUGUGUUGGUGGAUUUUUCACCUCAUUACAAACUUGAAUUAUGUCGACGGUAACAAUGAAUAAUUUGAUUAAAUUGAACAACAUUCUCAGAUGUUCAGGUCACUACCAUCACCAAAAUCAUUAUGUUCAUCUUCGAUUUUUAUCAACAGUUCCGGCCGAACGUAAAGCCGAUUUCUUCCCACGCGUAUUGAAUAAGGAUACUUUUCCUGAUGUUGAAACAUUGAAACUUAAACGUGGUACCGGUUAUCGAUCAAGUUUUAACGGAUUGAUUGUUACCGUAUUUGGGGCCACUGGUUUCAUUGCAAAAUCGGUGGUCAAUAAUCUUGCCAAAUGUGGUUCACAGGUUAUUUGUCCAUAUCGUGGUGAUUCUUUUUUUACGAAAAAUCUGAAAUUAGCCGGAGAUCUUGGACAAAUCCUUUUCGUACCUUAUAGUUUGAACGAUGUGGACACUUUGUAUCGUGCCAUGAAAUAUUCUAAUGUAGUGAUUAAUUUAAUUGGCCGUGGUAAUGAAACGAAUAAUUUUGAUUUCGAAACCAUUCAUGUUGAAGGUCCGCGUACCAUAGCUCGAAUAGCUCGUGAACUCGGCAUUAAACGUUUGAUUCAUGUAUCAUCAUUGAAUUCAUCGCCAAAUCCACCUGCUUAUUAUUUAAAAGGUGGAUCCAAAUUUCUAAAAUCCAAAUAUUGGGGUGAAAUUGCAGUACGUGAAGAAUAUCCCGAUGUAACUAUAUUUAGACCGGCCGAUGUAUAUGGUGAAUGCGAUAAUUUUCUUUGGUAUUAUUGUUUUCCACAUCGACGUGGAUUCCGUACGUUUCCAUUACCCAGUGGUGGUUAUGGUAUAACAAAAACACCUGUAAGCGUAUCGGACCUAGCCGAAGGCAUUGUCAAUUCCAUUACUGAUGAUGCAGCCAUUGGUCAGACGUUUGAUGCUGUCGGGCCACGACGAUAUGAACUACGUCGGCUAGCCCUAUACAUUAAUGAUAUAAUUGGCAAACAACACGAUUGUGGUUUUAGGGUGACCAAUUUACGUUGGGAUCUACAAGUACGUCCACGAUUAUUUUUAUGGUCAAAUUUAAAAUCGGUGUUUAAAAAACCGAAAACCUGUUGGGAACGUAUCGAAAGGGAAGCGAUCAGUGAUGAAGUAUCCAAAAAUUUACAAUUAACCGAUCUAGGUGUACGAUUACAGCAUAUUGAAGACCAUUGGCCAUUUUUACUAGCCGCUUGGAAAUGGAAUGGUGCUUAUGAUGGUGAUCUUGGUGAAAAUCGUGUUUAUGAACAUCCAGUUUAUACAUUAGAUUCUGGAUUAGCGAAACCAAGCUUAAUUUAAGAAUUUAGGAUUGAUAAAUAAACAAUUUCCUUAAUAUUCAUGUUGAUGGAAUAAAAUACAGAUAUGUUAAAAAUGUUUAAAAAAUUUUAA